CAGUUCCAAUUACAGAUGUUCGAUAUCGUUUGUUCCACAUCAUGGGCCAAUAGAGACAAAUGCUGUGAACUGCCAGGCCUGAGGAAUGAAGAGACUUGCCCAGACCUUCCACUUUCCUGUUCCUGUUCUGAAACCAAUGAAAUAGCUCUGGGACCAGCAGGCCCACCAGGUGGUCCAGGAAUCCGAGGACCAAAGGGCCAACAGGGUGAACCAGGUCCAAAGGGACCAGAUGGCCCUCGGGGUGAAACAGGCCCUCCAGGACCUCAAGGUCCCCCUGGGCCUCAAGGACCAAGUGGUCUGUCCAUUCAAGGAAUGCCUGGAAUGCCAGGUGAAAAAGGAGAGAAAGGAGAUACCGGCCUUCCUGGUCCACAGGGUGUCCCAGGAGGAAUUGGUUCACCUGGUCGUGAUGGAGCACCAGGCCAGAGGGGAUUUCCUGGAAAAGAUGGUUCUUCUGGCCCUCCAGGACCACCAGGGCCAAUUGGCAUUCCAGGAGCUCCUGGAAUCCCAGGGAUCACAGGCAGUGUUGGACCGCAAGGUGCCCUAGGACCACCUGGUGUUCCUGGAGCAAAGGGAGAACGAGGAGAACGAGGUGACCUGCAGUCACAAGCCAUGGUGCGAGCAGUGGCCCGCCAAGUAUGUGAACAGCUCAUUCAGAGUCACAUGGCCAGGUACACAGCCAUCCUCAACCAGAUUCCCAGCCACUCCUCAUCUGUCCGGACUAUCCAAGGGCCUCCUGGGGAGCCUGGGAGACCAGGCACGCCUGGGACCCCUGGUGAGCAAGGACCUCCAGGUACACCAGGCUUCCCAGGAAAUGCAGGUGUGCCAGGGACCCCGGGAGAACGAGGUCUAACUGGUAUCAAGGGAGAAAAAGGGAAUCCGGGUAUUGGAACUCAAGGUCCAAGAGGCCCCCCUGGACCAGCAGGACCUUCAGGGGAAAGUCGGCCUGGCAGUCCUGGGCCUCCUGGAUCUCCUGGGCCAAGAGGUCCACCAGGUCACUUGGGGGUUCCUGGACCACAAGGUCCUUCUGGCCAGCCUGGAUAUUGUGACCCCUCAUCAUGCUCUGCCUAUGGUGUGGGAGCUCCCCGUCCGGAUCAGCCAGAAUUCACUCCUGUCCAAGAUGAGCUGGAAGCCAUGGAACUAUGGGGUCCUGAGAUUUAAAGACCAGCUGCAAGAACCCUUAAGGAACUUAAUUCAAGAAAAUGUUGUUAUGUGGUUUGUAUGUUAAUUUGGGGGGAGCCUCGUUUCAGGAGCCUAAAUCUCCUUGGAUAAUGUUAUUGUUGUUUUAAACAAAAAAACCAUUUUUUUUAAUCCCCUUAAUCUAUGACACCAUAGAAAUGCUUUCCCUUUUCAGGUUUAAUAGUAUGUAGAUUAAGUUGUUUUUCCAGAGAAGAGUGUUCAAAGAGGAAUUAGGAAAAAUAAGUUGAACCUUGGAAUCUUCUCUCUGCUGGGUGAUAUCAAACCCUAAAAUGGAUAAGAUCGAUAUAAUUGUGUUUGAAGGAAAUGGGGCCCAGCAGAAAAAGAAUUCAGUUUCAAAGAUUACAUCGUUUAUCCUUACCCCUGUAGGAAUAACAUUGCUGAUAAGAAAAAAGGGACAUUAAUGGAGAAACUACCUCUUGGUUAAUCAAUCUAUCUAUCCAUUCUCAAUUGGUAACUGGUUUCACGGGUAUCCAAAAAUAUGUGUUAGGAUAUAACCUUUCUGAAUUUGGUGAUUUAAAAAAUAGAUUUAGUUUUUCAGUCUUAUGUAAAAUAAUGGCUUUCCACUGGCUCUGAUGCAAAGAGAUCCAGUUUUCAUGAACAAUUUAUCCAGUAGUGUGUUCCUGGGCUUGCCUCUCCUUGUCCACAGGGAUUACUUUGUACAUGGAGAUAAUUUUUUACAAACCUUUUCCCAUCCUCUUUCAUAAGCAAAUAAAAACGUAAAACAACA